UAACGAAUAGCGGAAGAGAAUUGCAGACACACCCGAAAACUGCUGUACUAAACUGCGUUUCAUUCCAAAAAUAAACAUCGGCGUUGAAGAACAGUUUUAGCCGCAGAAUUGAUUUUUCUUAUCUUAUUGCUGCAUUUAAGUAUCUCACUCUUAAAAUUCCUCAUUUGGACUGAAGAAAUAUUUAUUACUCUGAUAUAUAACUUUGUUACAAUCUGAAUUAUGUGUACAUAGUGUUAUUAAUAUCUGCCAUCUUUCAUUUUUCUGAACAUAUAUUUGUACAUAUUACAUUCUCAAGACAUAUCUAGUUAGAACAGAAUAAUCAAAGCCAUUUUGAAGUAGAAUCUUAUUUCCCUUUUGUUUUGUAUAAGUCCAAUUAAUGGCAAAUCUAAGGAACUGCUCUAAAAAUGAAAUAUCAUCGGCUACCAUUAUUACAGAAUUAAUUCCAACUCAUAUAAAUCAGAAGUUACAGACUGCAGGAUCAGAAACUUGGUGUUGUGUCUUUUCUCCAGAUGAAUCAUAUUUUGCUUGGUCUUCUGGAAAUUGUAUUGUCACUCUCAUACCAUGGAACUUUUGUAAACAAACUUUAUUCAAACAUCAGAAAUUCACCGUUCCUUACAAAUCAGAGUUAGGGGUUCUCAUUGACAGUAAGCAUGAAGCAAAUGAUUGCUUUGGUUGUAACACUGUGUCUAUCAACACUGGGCAUUUAGUACGUUCAAUGGCAUUUGGUUUAUCUACAGUGAGUUUGGAGAAACGCUCUUCCCCUCCAUUUUGGUCUCGAUUUAGUUCUUCCAAAGAUCUAGUUCUUGCAACAGGGCAUAUCAAUGGACGUAUUAGAACAUGGGAUGUUUUAACAGGAAAACUAAUUUUAGAGCUCAUAGAUCAUAGUGAUCUGGUAUCGCAUUUAACCUUCAGCCCGGUCGGCAAUUUAGUGCUCAUGUCAUCAUCUUAUGAUGGAUCACUCAAAAUAUGGGACUUGCAUGAAGAUGGAAACAUGUUUCAAACUUUGAAAAUGAACAACAAACCAAUAUAUUCUUGUUGCUGGUCUCCUGAUGCAAAGUCAUUAGUAUCAGUGGGAAUGUGCAAAUUGGUCUAUGUUUGGGAUAUGAAGACUUUAAAAGUGAAAUUUAAGCUCCAAGGUCAUCAACAUGAUGUUGUUGCUUGUUCCUUUUCUCCUGAUGGUUGCCUUAUUGUCUCUGCAUCUUGGGAUACACGAGUUAUAUUAUGGGACUCCUAUAAUGGCAAAAUGCUCAAAACAUUUGGUCAUCUUUAUCCAUCACCUCACCCCAUUUAUGCUUGUGGCGAUAAUGGUACUUGGAUUCGUGAUGUUUCAUUUUCAUCUGAUGGGGCUCAUAUUGCUACUGUAGCUGAUGAUGGAUUCUUAAGGUUUUGGGAUAUCACUUCAGAAAAAAGUCCAGAAGCUAUGGCUCCUAUUGAAAAUUCAUUAUGUUGCACAUUUGCUCCAUCUGGACACAUUCUUGCUGUUGGGAAUAGGCAGGGAUCUGUUUCGUUCUGGAAUGCUUCAAUUUGCAUCAAAUCUCUUCUGUACCUCUCAAGAAUAAGCAUUCGGAAAAUUGUUUCUGCUGAACAUGUGCACAAACUUUCCAUUCCUAAAUGUCUUUUAGACUAUUUGCUUUAUAAAGAACUUGAGUGAUAACCUUUCAUCUAGUCAAAAGUGAUCCCUCAUCUUUUGAUAAAUCAUACAUUUGAAGAAUCUCCCUCUUUACUUGUUUAUUCUUAAUUAAUUUAACUUUAAAAUACCAUCCAUAUGAUAGUUGCUUGGAGAGAAAGUUAUGAUCAAGCCCCCCCCCCUCAAUUAUUUAUUAAUUCUGCACAUUCAGAACAAUUUCAUAUAUUGACUGCAAGUUCUUUAUUCUUAGUAGUUGUUAAAAUGUUAUGGUAUUUGUGCAUAGUUUUUGACAUAUUGAUAUUUGGUCUAUAGACAUAAAUCAUUUUUCUUUUUCUGUAAUAUAAAAUCAUUUCAUUCUAUUUAAAACCAUUUUUUAUAUAAAUAUGAAAAUUUGUAUAUUUCUAUAUUCUUUGUAUGUGAAUGUGAGCACUUGUAUAUUAAAAAUGGUAUUUGUCUGAAUUAUUUUUUACAUUAUACAUUUCUAUAAGUGGAUAAUUUGUUUAUUCACUAUUUUAUGUUAGGAAUUCCAUCACAAAUUAUAAAUUCAUAUUUUGUAUGUAUUGUUUUAAGUGUAUCUUAGACAAAUCUUAUAUGCAGCUGACUGCAUUUAUAGAAAUAUUGAUAUAGAAAAACUAAUAUUUUAAAUUAGUCUUUGCAAGAAACUUAGCU